AAUGCUUAACCGGUGAAAUCGGAGGUCUACGUCCUAUCUAAACAUUGUUGCAGUACUGGUGCAAGAAAUGAUGGCGAACUCCAGCCUCAAUAACAAUUCAUCGGAUGCUUUUGGUAACCCCUCGCAAGUGUUUACAUCAUCAAGCGAAAGCUUUGAGUUUAAAGUCAUCAAACUUUUCUUUUAUGCCUUGAUUUUCCUAUUAAGCGUCUCUGGGAAUACUCUCGUCUGCUCUGUUAUCAUAAAAAGACGCCGAAUGCGAACUGUCACUAAUUAUUUCAUACUAAACCUCGCAGUGGCUGACCUGGCAAUAACCUGUGUCUGCAUUCCGUUUGACAUACCAGUUCAAGAAAAUAAUUACAGAUGGAUUUAUGGUUCUCUGAUGUGCAAGCUUUUGUAUCCUCUGCAAACUAUUGCUGCGCUUGUUUCCAUCCUUACUUUAGUGGCUGUGAGUCUUAACCGGUUUUGGGCGAUUGUCUACCCGCUGCGAAGCCAGCUUACCAAACCACGUGCAAAAACUAUCAUUUCCGCAGUAUGGGUGUUAUCAACAUUGAUCACUCUUCCUUAUAUCUUAGUGUUGCGCCUUGACGAAAAUGUAAUGAGCUGCGAAGAAAUCUGGCCUAAGAAUUUCAAUUACCGGAGAGCUUACACCUUGUCACUUUUCCUUGUUCAAUACGUAACUCCUCUGAUGAUUAUAGCCUUCGCGUACCUUAAAAUCGCGCACGAGAUGCGCAAAUGCGUUCAGAAAACGAAUUUGAUUAAUUCUGACCGAGGCCUCGUGGACUCGCAACGUCAAAAAGAGGCGAGGCGUGUCGUACGCAUGUUGGUCGUAGUCACCACUCUCUUCGCUGUCUGCGUUCUGCCGAAUAAUCUCAUGUGGCUCUGGCUGGAUUUUGGAAACGGAGCAGAGUAUGAACAUUUCUGGGAUUUGGUCGCCGUGACAAACAUUAUACUAUUUGCCAACAGUGCAGCUAACCCAAUAGCCUACACUCUUUGUAACGAAAACUUCAGAGAUGAAUUUCGGCUUUACUUAUCAUGCGAUCGAGAGAUGUAUAAGUCGAUUCUGGCGAUAUCCUCGCCUCAAAAAACGACCUGCUUGAGUUACACAGAAGUACUGAUACAAGCCCAGAGGCAAUCGGCGAAGGCAAACAAGCUAAACCAGAUACUGAAAGAGACUCGAGAAACUGAUGUGUAA